AUGUCUCUCGCAAGGUUUCAGUUUCUCCUUGAACUCUGCCGAUUUGAUGACAAAACAACGAGGGAAGAACGUAAAAAGAAGGACAAGUUUGCUGCCUUCAGAGGAAUUUGGGAUAAAUUUGUUGACAACUGUUCACGAUAUUUUUCUCCAACCCAUUACGUUACCAUCGAUGAAACUCUUUUCGGGUUUCGAGGACGCUGUCCUUUCAAAAUGUAUUUGCCGUCCAAACCCGACAAGUAUGGAAUGAAAGUCAUAUCUCUUGUUGAUGCAAAAUUUUUUUAUUUUUGCGGUGGAAUUCCGUACGUUGGCAAAGAGAUAACCAAGAAAAAAGGUGACUUAUGUGUACCUACCCAAUAUGUAUUGAAACUCAUAGAGCAACUAAAUGGCAGCGGUCGGAAUAUAACUGCGGACAAUUGGUUUUCAUCGAUUGAAGUAGUGGCAGAGCUUCAGAAAAAAAGACUAACUUUCGUAGGAACAAUGAGAAAGAACAAACCCCAAAUCCCUCCAUCAUUUCUUGCUCAAGCUCCUGUGUCGACCUCGCGAUUCGCAUACCAAGAUGAUAAAAUGAUGGUGGCUUACUCUCCGAAAAAAAAUAAAGAAGUGGUACUUGUAUCUUCAAUGCAUUACGAUGGGGUGGUAAACGAUGACUCUAAAUUACCAGAAAUUAUAGAGUUUUAUAAUGUGACAAAAGGGGGAGUGGAUGUUUUGGAUAAGUUGUGCCAUCCUUAUACUACAAAGAGAAAAACCAAUCGUUGGCCUAUGAGAUAUUUUUGUGCCGUACUGGAUAUUGCAGCAGUAAACAGCUCGGUACUUCAUAAAUGGAACGUUGAUAAGGAGCCAUAUCCAAGUACACUUCGAUCUACCUUUCUAAAAAGUUUGGCAAUUGACUUAGCAACGACGUGGAUGGAGAAGAGAUUUUCGAACCAGCAUCUUCCAAGAAGUCUGCGCAUGAUCAUAGGCGAACAGUUGGGAAAGCAAAUGGAUACACCAGCGGCAUCUUCGAUUGACAGAAGAACCAAAAAAAAGAGACGGUGCGACUCCUAUACAAAAGACAGAAAAGGGAACUCAUAUUGUUCAAAAUGUGGUAAUUCUUUGUGUGGCGAACACAAAGUAAUGGUCUGCCCUGGAUAUUCGGCGAGAUCUGAUGAAAUCGAGCUGUGA